AUGUCGCAAGUUACAUAUCCCAACCCAGAAUACCCAUGGGUCAUCGACCUCCCCGACGAUGACCCUGCCGUUGACCCGGACUGGGUCCGAGGCGAAACCCCUGAGUCAGGAACGGACUCAUACAUUGGAGCUAUCAUCGGAGACGAGCGAUACUCAGACGUGAUUUCUGAAAUCUCGAUAGACCUCAACACAAAUAUUUACGAUGUUGGAUAUCUCGAGGAUUUAAGUACGCCAAACCAGGAGAUGGUUACUGUGUCGGACGAGGAACUCGGAUGUUGGAUCGGACCAGUCGUUGGAUGGGAAGAGGACCGGGAACGAGAAAUCCAGGAUCAGAAUGAUGAAAUGGAGCUGGUGGUUGACACAGGGCUUGAUUCAGGAGCACUCUUUGAGUAUGACUGCAAUGUCGACAAGUCCAAUAUCGAAACACAUCCUGAGGUAAUGGUUGUUAUACCAGCAUACAAACCUACAGACUUGGACACGGAAUCAGACACCAAUAUGGUAUUGGAAAUAGAAGACGAGACACAUCUCGACAGGGAGAUUCGAGAAGCUGUGGCACAGAAUGUCUCCCGCGGAAGGUACGCCUGCUCUUCGUUGUCGAAGAGCCACAGGAGCAGGCUCAACUACGUCUACACGGGCACUCUAGCAAGGCCACUUGAUAACGGGACGAAGACGGUGAUCAUAAAACAUUCAGUCCCUUAUAUCUCUACGGUUAAGGAGCAUGAGCUUACACAAGCUCGCAGUAUUUCAGAGGGGCUCGUCCUCAACAGCCUAGACCAAUUUAGUCUUCGAGUGACCAACACUACUCUCCAUAAUCAGAUAUUUAAACUGAAUAUCCGGACACCGGAGCUAUACCAGCUGAAUUAUGCUACACACACUCUCAUGAUGGAGCAUCUCAAGAACUCCACUGACUUACAAACAUUCUUGCUGAAUUUGCCGUGCUUGAAGGAUGAACGACUGUGGGCAUGGGUUUUCCAGAUUGGAGAAAGCCUAGGUCAAUGGCUACGGCAGUUUCACAAUUGGAUGACGAAGGAGAGUCAGAAGACGGUAGCAGGAGAAUUUGACACAGACAUCAAUAAAGAGAUGGCCGGGUUUAGAUUCCGUCUUAGUUAUGAAUGGCUUCCUCGCGCGAUCGAAAAAUACCCAAAUAUCCUGGGGAAGAAGAAGGGGACCAGAAAGAUCAUGGAGAAGCUGAUGAAGGUGGCCCGCGAAGAGCUGGACAAGGAUUUCCAGACCAAAGAUGAGACAAUUGGGCCUAUUCAUGGGGACUUCUGGGCGGGGAAUAUUCUCCUGCCCUUGGACAUCUUGCGACCGCCCGCAAAGAAGCCUUCUUUUGAUCCCUGUUUCGACUUGGAAGCCAGGAAUGCCCCUGCUUUUAUGCCCGUUCCCGACUCCACAAUCUUAAUAACGGAUUGGGAAUUUGCUCAAUACGGGCCUCGCGCGCUAGAUAUCGCCCAAAUGGCAGCGGAGCUUUACAUUGAUUACCAUAUCUACGGGGUCGAGGCGGCAAAGGAAAUGAUAGAGGGCUUUAUUCACGGUUAUGACCAUAUAACCAUGGAAAUGUCCUGGAGGAUUCUCCUCCACGUGGGCACUUACUUCAUUGUCUGGGCGGCUGCUGCCGGGGACGGUGACCGAGAACCGUCCGAGGAAAUUGCCAGAAAAAAGAGAAAGCUGGUUAAGCUGGGCAGGAGGCUCAUUGUGAGAGGCUGGAGGCGGAGGCAGAAGCCCUUCUUCGGCGACUUCUGGAAUUGUGUUUUCAGGGGGUAUCCUGACUAG